ACACUAAAAAGAAUCUCAACUCGUAAUCCACACACAUACAAUAAUCCAACGCCUUUGGAACCCUAACUACUCGCAGAAACACGGAGCCGCUCUUUACCUAAUUCUUUGGAACCCAACCCGCAACCCUACUAAACCUAACCAUAGUUAAUUAACUUAACCCUUCUUCAGUUUAUUUACCUAAGUUCCUCCUUCACAAUUACCUUGACCCCUAUAUAUGCGCACAUGUAUUCUUCCCUUUCUUCCUUGCUCAAAACAUUUAUUCCUUCUUUCUUUCUUCAUAUUCUUGUAACCGAAGAAAUCCUUUUCUCUAAUCUUUCCUUAUCUAGUGGAUUUUGUAUAUAUUUUUGGCUUUUUCAUGUGCUGCUGCUGGAAAAUUCUUGCAGAAUGAGCUGUAAUGGAUGCCGAAUUCUCCGUAAGGGAUGUAGUGAAGAUUGCAUGCUUCGACAUUGCUUGCAAUUCAUAGAUAAUCCUCAAGCUCAAGCUAAUGCCACUGUCUUUGUUGCCAAGUUCUUCGGACGUGCUGGCCUCAUGUCCUUCAUCUCCUCUGUCCCUUAUAACCAACGUCCUUCGUUAUUCCAAUCUCUUCUAUAUGAGGCCGUGGGGCGAGCAGUAAAUCCAGUGAGUGGAGCAGUAGGGCUUCUGUGGACAGGAAACUGGCACGUAUGCCAGAAGGCUGUGAUGACGGUGCUCCGUGGCGGAACAGUAGAACCUUUACAAGAAUUAUUUGAAGACGGGAUGAUAUUAGGGCCUGCCUUUGAUAACAGUUCAGAAUGUGCUAGUUUUAGACCAAGAGAUAAUAUGUGUUCAGGAUCAAAGAAAACAACAACAUUAAAGAGGAAAAUGUCGGACGAUGACAAUGAUGAUGGGGCCAAACGUGGAAAGCUGACUGACCUUGAUCUUCGUCUGAUGCACUCCACGGUGGAGAAGCGGCGGGCAGCGACGCCAUCAUCUGAGGAGUCUGAGACAACAACCUUGGGGAGUGGUUCCAGGAGUACUAAUUGUAGUUUACAAGGAGGAGGUGAAAGAAAGCUUUUGACAUUAUUUUUUUAAGAGGAUUUCUCUUUUUUUCCUCUCUAGAGAUUUUGUGUCAGCAUAAAAAAGGAAAAUUUUCCCACUCUGUUACUGACAUUUCUCGCUGACUUAUGCUCCGAGCAUAUUUCAUAAUAAUUUUUAUUUUUAAUAUAUAUAUCUAAAAUCAAUUUAAAUUA